AAAAAAACAAAAACAAAAAGAGUAGAAGGGAAACAAAGGGGUUUUGGCUUUGGGUCUUCUCCAGCUCGAGCUCACGCGUCUCUCUCCGAAAUUUUAAACCCUAAGCUGUCCUCUCUUACAGUUAGGCGUCGUUUGAUUAGAUCAAGAGAAAGCUUUUCAAGGCCUUGACUUGUUCAUUAUAGGAAUUCUCAUCACUGUUUAUUUCCCGAGAUUUGAAAAGAGAGCGAUCCAAUAAAGCUUUGAAUUGCGUGCUUUGGUGAGCAAAAUUUAGAAUUUUAUUCUUCUAGAGCUUGAUUUUUCAUGAUUAGAGCAACUGAGCUGGUUCAGAGGAGAGUACUGUAGUUUUCCGGAUUGUAAAGUAGACUUUUCUCUGGAGAUAGAGAAGGAAGCAGAGAGAGAUGGGGACGGGUUCGAAAUUGGAAGGGACAUCGGCGCCGGCAACAAGGCGAGACCCCUACGAGGUUUUGUGCGUUUCGAGGGAUUCAAAUGAUCAGGAAAUUAAAACCGCCUAUAGAAAGCUUGCUCUCAAGUAUCAUCCAGACAAGAAUGCUAGCAAUCCUGAAGCUUCAGAGCAUUUCAAGGAGGUUGCAUUUUCUUAUAGUAUCUUGUCUGACCCCGAGAAGAGGAGGCAGUAUGACAAUGCAGGGUUUGAGGCAAUUGAUGCUGAUGCCAUGGACAUGGAAAUUGACUUGUCAAAUCUGGGGACUGUCAAUACAAUGUUCGCCGCUUUAUUCAGCAAGUUGGGUGUGCCUAUCAAGACUACAAUUUCCGCUAAUGUACUUGAAGAAGCUCUUAGUGGUACAGUAACAGUCAGACCUCUCCCAAUUGGGACAUCAGUUAGUGGAAAGGUGGAGAAACAGUGUGCUCACUUUUUUGGUGUUACAAUCAAUGAGCAGCAAGCCGAGUCGGGGAUUGUAGUAAGAGUAACUUCAACUGCACAAAGCAAAUUUAAGUUACUUUAUUUUGAACAAGAUGCCAAUGGUGGUUAUGGUUUGGCCUUACAGGUACUAUAUAUUAUUAUCGCAAUCUUCUCCAUCUCUGCUUCUUUUGAUAACCAUAUAAUUGGUGCACUCGCUUUAGGAUUUGGCGCCUGUGUCAUAUGUGUUUGGAAUCUUUGGAGUAAUUUGCCUGAUGUUAUUUAAACAUAAAUGAUUAGGCUUCUCCUUGUGUGCUUUAUAGUUUGAACCUCUUAAGAAAAGUGAUUUAACCAGCUUAUGAUUUUUUUUCAUGAA